GGGAGUGGGAUUCCGAUGGCCGUUGCUAGGUGGUCCACGUUACGAGCCUCUGACCCUCUGGAGAACCAGGCAGGGAAGGUGCAGGAGGCUCAGGCCACUUCCCAGCCAGAACCUGCCCUCAAACCCGGUGUCGCUGCCACGCCCACCCCUCCCUCCCUAACCCACUUCUGGGGCUUGGCCACCCCCACCCCACCCUUCCAGGACUCCGACUCAGACCCUGAAGGAGGAGCCGCUGGCGGAGAAGCUGAGAUGGAUUUCCUGCGGAACUUCUUCUCCCAGACCCUGGGCCUGGGCACCCAAAAGGAGCGUCUGCUGGAUGAGCUAACCCUGGAAGGGGUGGCCCGCUACAUGCAGAGUGAGCGCUGUCGCAGGGUCAUCUGUUUGGUGGGAGCCGGAAUCUCCACAGCUGCGGGCAUCCCCGACUUCCGCUCUCCAUCCACCGGCCUCUACGCCAACCUGGAGAAAUACCAUCUGCCCUACCCGGAGGCCAUCUUUGAGAUUGGCUACUUUAAGAAACAUCCAGAACCCUUCUUUGCCCUUGCCAAGGAACUCUAUCCUGGGCAAUUCAAGCCGACCAUCUGUCACUACUUCAUUCGCCUGAUGAAGGAGAAGGGGCUGCUCCUGCGCUGCUACACCCAGAACAUAGACACCCUGGAGCGCGUGGCAGGGCUGGAGCCCGAGGACCUGGUGGAGGCCCACGGCACCUUCUACACCUCCCACUGCAUCAGCCCCGUGUGCAGGCGCGAAUACCCGCUGAGCUGGAUGAAAGAGAAGCUCUUCACGGAGGUGACUCCACGGUGCGAGAAGUGCCAGAGCGUGGUGAAACCUGACAUCAUUUUUUUUGGCGAGAACCUCCCGGCGCGGUUCUUCUCGUGCAUGCAGUCAGACUUCCUGAAGGUGGACCUGCUCAUCAUCAUGGGCACCUCGCUGCAGGUGCAGCCCUUCGCCUCCCUCGUCAGCAAGGCGCCCCUCUCCACCCCGCGCCUGCUCAUCAACAAGGAGAAGACGGGCCAGACCGACCCCUUCCUGGGCAUGAUGAUGGGCCUGGGAAGAGGCAUGGACUUCGACUCCAAGAAGGCCUACAGGGACGUGGCCUGGCUGGGUGACUGCGACCAGGGCUGCCUGGCCCUCGCUGACCUCCUCGGAUGGAAGAAAGAGCUGGAGGACCUCGUUCGGAAGGAGCACGCCAGCAUCGAUGCCCAGUCUGGGUCGGGGGCCCCCAACCCCAACACCGUAGCUUCCCCCAGGAGGUCCCCACCUCCUGCCAAGGAGGGGGCCAGGACCGCAGAGCCGGAAAAGCCCCAGUGACAGCCCCGACUCGCAGGCAGGACACCCAGACCCUCCGGGACAGCGGAGCCCCAACCAGCACUGGCCCCUCUAACUCGCAGCUCUUCUCUGGGGAGAGCCGUGCACCCCCCAGUCUCCUAACGACUCCCUCCUAAAACUGGGGUCCUAGCCACACCCCACUUUAUCCCAGCAAAUCUCUAACAUCCCCUUAAAGCCAAAGCCUAAGCAGCCUGACCUAACAGCCCACGCCCUCUAAGGAGCAGCCUCCCCUAACCUCUAACUGCUCCCAGGAGGCCAGGGGUGCCCCCAAACUUCUGUCACCAAAGGGGGCCAAGGGCCCUCACUCUACUGCUUCAGUGACCUGUGGCCAAGCAGAUCCAACCAACCCACCCUAGACCAGGGUGUGGCCCUCCCAGUACGCUCCCACCUCCCACCGUGGUUGGGGAGGGUCUGAGCCUGAUAGGGCUCCUGGGUCUCCGCCUCCACCUCCCAAAGUAGGUGCUGGGCCCCCUCCCUUGGGACCCACUGCCCACGUGGGGAUGGGCAGAGGAGGUUGUUUGUUUGGACACAAAUUAAAAAACCAAAACCAACUAACCG